ACUCUUCCCUCCACAUCUAUCACAAACUAAAAAUUCCCUCUUUCCCUCGUUUUCUGCUUCUCAUCUCUGAAGCCCCACUUUCGCUCAAAAACCCUCCACUCCCGUCCUAAACCCCACUCUACCAUCUUCUACAGAUCUCCAUUUCCCUAUUAUAUCUGUGUGACCGAUUAUUUUGGGCUCACUAACCAUGUCCGGUAGUUCUCGAGCCUCCACCCGUCCGCCGACUGCGGCGGCGGCCACACCUCCGCCGGGUCCGAUCCUACCCCCACUAAGACGGCACCUUGCAUUUGCCACGAUGAAGCCUCCGUUUGUCCCUCCCGAUGAUUAUCACCAGUUCACGUCCCCUACUACUAAUAGAGCCGCCACUGAUAGGGAAGCUGAGGGUAUUGUCGUGAGGUCUCCUAUGUUAAAAAGAAAGAAUGGCUCUGAUGAAAAUGGAGGUGACUCUAGUGAAUGGGCUAGCAAUUCUGGAUUUGGGGAUGUAUCUAAUAGUUCCUUCCAAACACCUGUGUCUGCAAAAGGGGGAAGGACAUACAACAGAUCGAAGGCGUCAAAGGGCACUAGAUCAGGGCCUCACACCCCAGCGUCAAACAUUGAUUCUCCCUCUCCUCUUACACCAGCUGGUAGCUGCCGUUAUGACAGUUCCCUAGGUCUUUUGACGAAGAAAUUUGUCAAUCUAAUUAAGCGUGCUGAAGAUGGUAUUCUUGACCUAAACAAGGCUGCAGAGACUUUGGAGGUGCAAAAGAGACGGAUAUAUGACAUAACAAAUGUCUUGGAAGGAAUUGGUCUCAUUGAAAAGAAGCUCAAGAACAGGAUACGUUGGAAGGGUGUUGAUGCUUCAAGGCCAGGAGAGGCAGAGGGUGAUGCCUCUUUAUUGCAGGUGGAAAUUGAAAAACUUUCCAUGGAAGAGCACAGACUCGAUGAUCAAAUAAGAGAAAUGCAAGAAAGAUUGAGAGAAUUGAGCGAAGAAGAGAACAAUCAAAAAUGGCUUUUUGUAACUGAAGAAGACAUUAAGAGCAUACCUUGUUUCCAGAAUGAAACCCUCAUAGCAAUUAAAGCUCCCCAUGGAACUACACUGGAAGUCCCUGAUCCUGCUGAGGCUGUUGAAUAUCCACAGAGGAGAUACAGGAUAAUUCUUAGAAGCACAAUGGGUCCUAUUGAUGUGUAUCUUGUAAGUCAAUUUGAGGAGAAUUUUGAGGAGAUGAAUGGUGAGCCAUCUACCAGUAUCCCACAUGUUUCUAGUUCUGGAUCUAAUGAAAUCCCAGGAAAAGUGAUGAUCAAUGAACAGAGAAUCCAAAAGAGAGAUGAACCUCAGGUGCAACAAGUUAAUUCUUUCGUUGAUCUUGAUGCUUCACAAGAGCUGACUGGUGGCAUGCUGAAGAUUGUUCCCUCCGAUGUUGAUAAUGAUGCAGAUUAUUGGCUUCUUUCAGAUGCUGAUGUUAGCAUUACAGAUAUCUGGAGAACAGACUCGAAUGUCGAAUGGAGUGAUUUUGAAAUCCCUGAUGUUCACACUCCAAGGGCACAAACUCCACCAUCAGGGAUCGGCGAAGUACCAUCUGGUGGAAAUUCUGCUCGGAGAUAAAUAUUGAUUUGGCUAUUGAGCUGAAUGGAGAAACUCAUGUCUCCAAAAAUCAGCACUUUUCACUGCCAUUAUUCACUGCUUGGCAUGCCAAUGAGUUGCAUGUGAAGCAGAAACCGGAGAAGCACGGGGAAGAAUUUGACAAAUGGUAAGCUGAGAGCUACUCGUCUACAGUAGAUUUAUGUUCUUUUUGACCUUAGAGGUCACCUGCAAAUAACUUAAAAAGGAUGAGAAAAUGAAUAGUAAAACGGUGGGAUGAUCUUUGGUGGAUUGGAUAGUGAGUGAUAAUAGACACAAUACACAGUUGAAUUUACAAAGCUCAUCUGCUGUAAGAAUGGUUCUCAAGAAGGUCGGUAGCUCUCAAGAAGGUCGGUAGCAAUAUCCCCCCUAUGAAUUGAUUGAAUUCAAUUGUAACUUUUAAUAACACAUUGGACUUCAAUUGUAAACAUUGCAUACAUCUUGGCUAUAGGAUUAUGCCUUUUUUUAA